AUGGCAGACCAAGAGGCUGCCGCGAAACGUGCGGUAGGGCUCACGAAGCUCUUCAAUGGGAUCAUUCACGGUCAUCGUGACUUGAAAAGUGCACUAGAGGGCAACCGAUUUCUUGAAGCGCUUCGCUCUCAAGAGGAUGUAUCAAAGUGCGUAGAAAGCUUAGUUGCGUCGAAAGCGGGCUUAGACGCCAUCGGGAAGGCCUUUCGGUUUUCCCCCGACGACGCUUUCCUCAACGGGCCAGCGGCUUCCUCCAUCCUACAUUUCUCACACCCUUCGCUCAAACAACUUUACGGCGGUCAAUUUUUGAAUCGCAUUCUCGAGCAAAUUGUACAACCCCCAACUUUCUGGAAUACACUUGUCAAAGCUCACGAUGCGCGCAAUCUCUCGUCUGAUGCUACGCACGCGUUUGCCUGGCUGCUACUUGAAACCCUCCACUCUCGUUCUGAAGACGUUCCAGAUGUGCGCGAGAUUGCAGAGGAAGUCACCAAAAACGAAUCGCUCAUCAAAUCAGAAUCACUGGAUGUUAGAAAUAUAGGCUACAAGAUCAAGCAUGCGGUAGAGAGCUCGUCAAGCGACUCUGUUGACGGUCCAGGAGGUCGGCACGACAAUGAUUUUGACGAUUUUCGAAAGAUAAAGAUCUUGCCGACAGCAGAUGAGUUUGCAUCCUCCGAAACGCCAUUCUAUCGACGUGCGGACGCUAUAGACUCUGUACUACCAGGGAACCGCGGAUCCGUACACUUGGACAAUCAGUUUCGAUUGCUUCGAGAAGACCUUCUAGGAGAGCUACGAAACGACUUCCAGAUCGCCACCGGUCAAAAGAAGGGUCGUCGCAAGACUGUUCUUACAAAUCUGCAAUUUGUUGAUAUCGAUUGCGGGCCAGUUUCACGACGCAAGCCUUGCUCCCUAAGGCUUCGUGUAUUAGAUGACAUCCCUCAACUCAGGAAAGUGAAGGGUGUUGAACAGAGAAAGAGGUUUGUGUCGGACAAAGCGAACAAAAACCUGAUGAAGAACCGGGCGCUAGGAUGCUUGGUUAGCAACGGUAACAUUGUCGCCUUCGCCAACGUAGAGCGUGAUGAAGCAUUAUUGGCUGAACAGCCCGCGAUCAUCGUUCUUCAUAUCGUUGACGCAGAUUCUGUCGGCAGAGUUCUCCUUGCGUGGAAGCAUGCAACCGAUAUGAAUUUCGUUCAGGUCGAUACCGCAGCAUUUUCAUAUGAACCGAUUUUGAAGUGCCUGCAGUCCAUGAUCGAACUUCCUCUACAUGAGCAACUGGUCGGCCUUCAACCGGACGAUAACGAACAACCUUCUGAAGUGCAGCCCUACAGUAUCAUCGACGCCGUCCGCAACACCUGGCAGAACAAUCUUCAACCAACCCUGAAUACGAGUAAACCUGUUGAACUAGACGCUACACAGGCGGAGUCGCUUCUCGCAGGUUUGGAAAGGAAAGUGAGUCUGAUUCAAGGCCCUCCUGGAACGUGGAAAUCAUUCAUUGGCGCUCUGAUAGCCAAGAUACUGCAUGAUCACACCAGCGAGACUAUACUAGUGCUCACCUACACUAACCAUGCACUGGAUCAAUUUCUUGUUGAUUUGCAAGACAUUGGUAUUCCGUCAAAUGCUAUCGUCAGACUUGGAUCCAACUUUACUCCUGCUACACAAUCACUUGCUCUAAAGGAACAACAUAGUAGCUACAGAAUGAGUAUGACCACAAGGAUCAUAGUAGACGAACUGAAGGUACAAGUUGAAAGCUAUCAUGACGCUCUGACUAGGAAGGUGGACCACUUUUCUGCCUUGCGCCGGACGAACAAAAUCCUUCUCGAAUAUCUUGAAUUUUCGGAAGAUUCUGAAUUUUUUGAUGCAUUCGUCGUCCCUGAGAGUGAUGAUAAAAUGGCGUUGGUUGGAAAGAAGGGAAGAAUCAUCGACAAGACGUACCUAGUGCAAAGGUGGAUCAACGGGCAAGAUGCUGGUGUCUUCCAAGCUAGUGCUGAGGUGAAUUAUCCUAGCAUUUGGGCCAUGUCACCGCAGGCGCGCAUAACACUCGAAAAUCGGUGGUAUCAGGAAAUUGAGAAUGAGCUAAUCACUGAGGUCACUAUCUUAGUACGAAAAUACAACGAGUGUUGUGAGCGCCUCACCCAACUCUUCCGCGAGAAGCAGUCGCACACCAUCGGUAACAAACGCAUCAUUGGAUGCACAACAACCGGGGCUGCUAUGUUCACAGAUGCAAUCCUGAAGGCAUCACCUGGUGUUAUACUGGUCGAAGAGGCUGGCGAGAUUCUUGAAAGUCACGUCCUGGCAGCAAUGACAGCUAAUACCAAGCAGCUUGUCUUGAUUGGCGAUCAUAAACAACUUCGUCCAAAGGUUAGCAACUACUCUCUUACUGUGGAGAAGGGACAUGGCUACAACCUCAACGUCUCUCUAUUUGAGAGGCUUGUCCUUGCAGGAGUCCCGCACACAACGCUUAACAAACAACAUCGCAUGCGACCUGAGAUCUCAUCACUGAUCAGAUUCAUGACCUACCAUGAACUCGAAGAUGCCGAGACGACACGAAAGAGGCCUGCGUUGCGGGGAUUCCAAGACAACGUUAUGUUUGUCUCUCAUGAUCGCCCCGAAGUCAAUGCAGAUCGCAUCGCUGAUCGACGCGAUGGUGAGGCCAAGUCCAGUAAGGAAAAUACGUACGAGGCCGACAUGGUAUUGAAGUGCGUACGUUACCUGGGACAGCAAGGCUACGGUACAGAUGAUAUCGUGGUAUUGACUCCCUACCUUGGGCAGCUCUAUCUGCUGGUGAACACCCUUUCAGCCGAGAACGACCCAGUUCUGAAUGACUUGGAUUCUCAUGAGCUAAUUCGAGCGGGCUUACUUUCUCCUGCCAGUGGACAGAUAUCAAAACGCAGGCUCCGGGUAUCCACGAUCGAUAACUAUCAGGGCGACGAGAGCAACAUUGUCAUCGUCUGCCUGACGCGCAGCAACAGUAUUGGCGAUAUUGGGUUCAUGUCUUCACCUAUGCGCGUCAAUGUUAUGCUGUCUCGAGCGCGGAACGCACUAAUUAUGAUCGGAAACCCUCAAACUUUUAUGAACAGCCGUAAGGGCCAGGAUGUUUGGGUUCCAUUGUUGACAGAAUUAAAAAGCAGUGGCUACGUGUAUGACGGAUUUCCAGUCAAAUGCGAGCAACAUCCAGACAAGACCGCGCUCUUGACCGAGAAAGAGCAGUUCAACUCAGUGUGCCCGGAUGGAGGCUGUUCCGAACCAUGUGGGAAGAUGCUCAAUUGUAACAUCCACACGUGCCCGCAUCGCUGUCACCAAUUGCAGGAUCACUCCAAGAUGAAAUGCGAAACAAUUAUUUGGUUUUCAUGUCCCAAAGAUCAUAAAACCUCACGAAGGUGUUAUGAUAAGGCCGCAGCCGCGGUUUGUCGAAAGUGCGACGCUGAUGCACGUGCGCUGGAGAAGCGACGUCAACGUGACUACAAGUUGGAUCAAGACCGUCAAGCCAAGCAACAAGUGUAUGCGGCAAGACUUGCUGAGAUUGAAGAUGAACUCGAACAUGCAAAACGCGUAUUGAGAGAUCAAAACGACGAAAAUGACCGCCAAUAUGCUUUGGCACAGAAGAGGCAAGAUCUUGCGAAUUUGAGGUCAAAGGCUAGCAAUCCUCCGAAACAACCAACGGCAGGCUCUACCACAGCUAAGUCACCCAUCGCCACAUCGAACAAGUCCUCAAUACAAAGUCAGGAUAUACCCACAGCUCCUCGAGACAACAAAGACACUACUCAAGAGGAGAACAUCGGUGCUUCUGAAGAAGAAAGCCAGCCGGACUGGGAUAAGAGCGAAGCGAAGGAUGACUGGGAACAGCAAAAACAGUUUGACGGCGCAGAGAAUGAGGCGCUAGACUCCCUGAUGUCUAUGAUAGGACUCGAAUCUGUGAAGGAGCAGUUUCUAACUAUUAAAAACAAAGUCGACACUGUAGUACGACAAGGGAUUUCUCUCAAAGGGGAACGAUUCGGGGCGGCUCUGCUUGGAAAUCCAGGCACAGGGAAAACUACUGUUGCCCGUUUAUACGCCAAGUUCCUUGUCAAAGUUGGAGCUUUGCCUGGGGAUCACUUUUUCGAAACGUCUGGGUCGUCCCUCGCAAACGAUGGCGUUCCCGCUUGUAAAGCACACAUUGAGAAGAUUCUCGAAGAAGGGGGCGGAAUAUUCUUCAUCGAUGAAGCUUAUCAACUGGUUUCUGGAAACAGCUACGGUGGCAAGGCAGUUUUGGAUUAUCUUUUGACGGAAAUCGAAAAUUUGGUAGGCAAAGUCGUAUUCGUACUUGCAGGCUAUCAUAAGCAGAUGGAGGCCUUCUUCGCUCAUAAUCCGGGAAUUCCCAGUCGCAUCCCUCUCGAGAUGGAGUUUCAAGACUACACAGACGAAGAGCUGCAACGCAUUUUCUGUCAGUACAUCGAUUCGAAGUACAGAAGUAGCAUGAAAAUCGAAGGUGGCAUGAACGGCCUGUAUGUGCGAAUUGUAGCUCGUCGUGUUGGUCGCGGCCGCGGACGUGACGGGUUUGGCAAUGCUCGAGCCGUACAGAACAAGAUUGGCCGGAUAACGGAGCAGCAGGCAAAGCGUCUGCGCAAGCAGCGGAAAGCAGGAAAACUACCGGACGACAACUUUCUAACGAAGGAAGAUCUCAUUGGCCCAGAACCUGCAACUACCCUCAAAAAUAACGCUGCAUGGACCAAGCUGCAAAAGAUGAUCGGUCUGGCCUCUGUCAAACAGUCUGUCCAAUCGUUGCUCGACGGCAUCCAGUUCAACUAUCAGCGAGAGUUGGAAGAAAAGCCCCUCGUUCAGUACAGCCUCAACAGAAAUUUCAUUGGAUCGCCCGGGACGGGCAAAACAUCAAUUGCGAAGUUGUAUGGAAAGAUCCUGGCAGAUAUCGGUCUUCUUUCGAAUGGCGAAGUGGUCAUAAAGAACCCGGCAGACUUUGUUGGAAAUGUCCUUGGGGCUUCUGAAGCUAACACAAAAGGGAUACUUGCAUCAACUGUCGGCAAAGUCCUCAUCAUCGAUGAAGCUUACAUGCUGGCUGGGACUUCUGUUGCUGACCCAUACAAAGCCGCUGUAGUCGACACGAUUGUGGCUGAAGUUCAAAGCACACCGGGCGAAGACCGAUGUGUGCUUCUUCUGGGAUACAAAGACCAGAUGGAAGAGAUGUUUCGGGAUGCCAAUCCAGGGCUUGCGAGGCGAUUUCCGAUAGAAUCCGCUUUCGUCUUUGAAGACUUCAACGAUGCCGAGCUCCGCCAGAUCUUGGACCUAAAACUCAAGGACAUUGGUUUCAACGCCACUGAUCAAGCCAAAAGGGUUGCGAUGGAUGUACUCCAACGAGCUCGAAAUCGUCCUAAUUUCGGCAAUGCUGGUGAGGUAGACAUCAUUCUCGACAGGGCUAAGGGGGAGCACCAGAAGAAUAUGUCUGCUGGAAAAUCUCAAGACUUUGACACGUUUGACGCCAUCGAUUUCGACCCGGAUUUUGACAGAGGGGAACGAGCAGCCACCAAUCUACCUGCACUUUUUCAAAACGUUGUUGGCUGUGAAGAUCUGAUCAAGCAGUUUCAGGGCUAUCAGACGACUGCUGCAAACAUGAAGGCUCUCGGCAUGGAUCCUCGAGAACAACUCCCCUUCAAUUUUCUCUUUAAGGGGCCACCAGGUACCGGCAAGACCACAACAGCGCAAAAGAUGGGCAAGAUAUUCUACGAUAUGGGAUUGCUCAGCCAAGCGAAGGUUGUAGAAUGUUCUGCUACUGACCUUAUAGGACAGUAUGUCGGUCAAACUGGACCCAAGGUUCAGAAGCUGUUGGAGAAAGCCCUCGGCAAGGUUCUGUUUAUCGACGAAGCAUACCGCUUAGCAGAAGGCGCAUUCGCUACAGAAGCAAUGGACGAGUUGGUAGACUGCUUGACGAAGCCCAAGUUCGCUCAGAAAUUAGUUACUGUACUCGCUGGAUACGACAAAGAUAUCGACCGACUAAUGAGCAUGAACCCGGGUCUCACGAGUCGGUUUCCAGAAGCGGUUAUCUUCAGCCAUCUAGAUCCAGAAACGUGUUUAGAGCUUUUGAUCAAGGUCCUGGAGGAUCUACAGAAGAAGAAAAAGGCGCCGCUAGACUUAUCCGUCGUGGAAGUCCUUGGAUCCGGAUUGAAUGAGCUGAUCCUCGACUACUUUCGUAAGCUUUCAGACUUAGGUUCCUGGGGCAACGCUCGCGAUGUCAAGUCUCUUGCCAAAAGCAUGUUCGGCAAACUGAUCUCAGCGGCCGUCCCACCUGUGACCAGCCUCGUCCUUACGGAACCCAUCAUCAUCAACACCAUGCAAACCAUGUUUGACGAGCGCUCUCGUCGGAACGAAGCUGCCGGUACAAGUCGCUUUCCGAACCGAAUACCUAUACGCCCGGCACCGCAGCCACAGCCACAAACACAAAAGCCACCCAUAGCUCAUGCACCCGAGACUAAAUCAGCACCGCCACCUACCAAAGCACCGCCACCAACAGCGCAGAAGCAAGACAAGCAUCUUGAGGUCGCAAAGACGGUCAAACCCAAGGAAGAGCCUGAAGACCCUCUAGAUUCGAUUCUCAAAGCAACCCGCGAUGCUGGUGUUUCCGACGCGAUUUGGAACCAACUCGAGCGCGACAAACGCGCUAUAAUCGCAAAGGAACGCGAGUACCGCCGACUGCAAGAAGAGAAACGACAAGAAGAGCAACGCAUCGAGGAGUUGUGGCGAGCAGAGAAAGCUGCCGCUGACGAAGAAGAGCGACGUUUGCGGGAACAAGAGAGGAUCGCGGCAGAGUUAGAACGAAGGCGUAGGGAAGCUAUCCUGAUCGCGGCAGAGAAGGAGCGCAAGAAGGAGAUGGAGGCGCAGAAGAGACUCAGGAUCAUGGGCCCCUGUCCAGCAGGCUACCAUUGGAUCAAGCAAGGUAUGGGGUACAGGUGUGCUGGUGGAAGUCACUGGAUUGAUGAUGCAGCGGUGUGGCAGUAA